GUUUUACAAGUUCUUUCAACUGUAGUAAGAUGAUGUGGGGCACCAGGUGAAGAUGCUUAGUAGAAGGAAUUGUGAUACAAUGAAAGAGAUUUUUAAAGGGAGAGGGCUGCCUCUUUUGCCUUUCAUUGGAGAUUGCAAAAUAGGAUGAACUACUUCUACCGGAGACAAAUAGUUCCAAAUAGAAAAAGGAAUAGAUACCAUUACUGCUUACCAGCCUCAUCUAUUUUUUCUUUGUUUUGAAGAUUCCUGAGAUGAGGUAGACCUAAUAUUUGAUUGAACUCCAUGGCAGACUCAUUCUCCUACAGCAACUGUGCUGACACUGGGGACUGCAGCUCUGAAUCAAACCUGAGCCUCUCUGUGGGCUACUACCCCAAUGAAGACACCUUCUUCAAUGAGAAAACAAACUCCUGUAAAGACACAUCUUCCAACAACCCCUCAAUCCAUUUUGUCCCUCCGUUCCAAGGGUCAUGGCAGACUGAAAGUAAAGGGACACUCCUGGAGAGACAAGACCAAAUUCAGGACAGCACAGAGCAGUUUGGCCAACUCAACAUCACCCCGGCCUGGGAUGGCUGUAACCAUUCAGACUCAAUCAUUAAUUGGGAUCUACAUGGAGACAACCAGUGGAUAGACCAAAAUCCUGAAGAGAAGACAAAACUGACUCUCAGCAAACUGAAUGGGCUGGUACAAAGGCUUGAGCAAUUUCUAGAAAAUCAGAAAGAUGACGAAGAUGAUGAGUUUGUAUUCCCUGAAUCUGCUCAAAAGGAAGAUUUCCAGCUGUCCAGCAGCACCCCUCCAGAUGUGGCGCAGGUCAGUCAUCAAGAACAUGAUGCUUGUCUUCAAGAUUUGCCCAUGUUCAACCCACCAGAAAAUGAUGCCAUCCAGUGUCCACAGCCUCCUCCAAAGCUUCAGGAACAUGAACUUGCUGAGGUGAGCACAGUGAUGCCUCAUAGGCAAGCAGGGGGCAGGCCUGGUGGAGGGGCCUGGGUGGAAUUCAGGGAACACUGCUACCUGCUAUGAAGCAGGGCAGGCCCUCUGGGUGUCUGACAUGACUGGGAGUGGAAGAAGGAUAACAUCAAGGAAAAGGGUCAGGGUGGAGUUGAAGGAAAAAUACCAAGGACCACUGAGGGAGAGAAGAGGAUAGGAAAGUAAAGAAAAGCUAACAAUUAGGGCCGCCCAAAAGUGUGAGUGCCUGUAUUAAUGAGUAUGGAAACUUUGCAUUUACAGAUGGGUUAGUUUUGGUAAAAGGACUUGAGUCCCAAGAAUGGGUAAUUAUGGACCCCAUGUUGUCCAGGUUGCACAUAACUCACGCAUCAUUCAUUUCCUUGGCAGACGAAAAGAAAGGCAACUGGCAGACAAAGAACAAGUACUACAGCAACCUGCU